UGUUAUGCAAAACGUAGGAUAAUAAAUAGACUUUUAGUUUUUACACUAGUAUGAAAUGUUCGGUCCAGACGAACGUAGAAUAUCAGAAGUUCAGCAGAAGCUGCCUUGGGUUAACGUGUAUUGUUUGACCACACACAUAAAAAUGGAAUCCAAAAUCAAAAAGGCCUUUUCUCCUAAAGGUGUAAAAAAGCUUGCCCAGAGAGGAAAGGAAUCUAUAGGGAGCAAACUUGGAGGAAAACCAGGUGGUAAAAAGACGUUCAAACCCCUCAAAAACGCAGAGAAGCAAAACCGAGCUAAAGAUCGGGGAAACAAGCAGCACAAGCCGGCCUUCUCCAGAGGCGGUGGGGCGCAGCAGGGGAAGAGGAAACUGUCUGCUUUUAAAAACAAGAAAGAGAGAGAUGAAGGCCCAGCAGCCAAAAGAGUCAAGAAAGGGGAGCUGCUGUCAGAGGAGGAGCUGCAGAAGAACAGGCUGCAGAGGAGGAAGGAGCUGAAAAGGAGCAGGCAGCAAGCAGCCAGGAAGGAAAUGUUUGAGGUCAUCAAUCAGUCCAAACAAGUGUGGGAAGACCUGAGGAGGAAAAAAUGUGAUGAGGAGCUGAAGAAGAAGCUGAUGAAGCAGCUCCACGAUCUGAUCCGCGGGAACACCAAACAGAUGGCUUUUGCUCACGACUCGGUUCGGAUCCUGCAGUGCUUCCUUCAGUUUGGCAGCCACAAGCAGAGGCAGGAGCUAUUUGAAGACCUGAAAGAUGACAUCCCUUCUCUGUGUAAGUCAAACUAUGGCCGACAUGUGGUCAAGAAGCUGCUCAUGUAUGGGAACAAGGAGCUGGUUGCAGCUGUGAUGCAAACUUUUAAGGGUCACGUGCGGCAGAUGCUUCGACACUCAGCCGCCUCUGCUGUGAUCGAGUACGCUUACAACGACAAAGCCCUCCUGGCGCAGAGACUCAUGCUCUCCGACGAGUUGUACGGGAACACCUACGCUCUCUGCAAGUCAUCAGAGCACAACACCAUCGAGAAGGUGGUGAAGGGAAACCCUGACAAAGUGGACAGCAUCAUGGAUGAGAUGAAGCAGAUCCUCCUGCCCAUGGCCAGCAAGGAGCAGGUGAUCAAACAUUCUCUGGUGCACAAAGCCUUCCUGGAUUUUUUCCUGUUUGCUCCUGACAAGCAGAAAUCAGAGAUGAUCGAGUCCAUCAGAGAGUCUGUGGUCUACAUGGCUCAUACCCACGACGGCGCUCGAGUGGCCAUGCACUGUCUGUGGCACGGCACGGCCAAGGACAGGAAAGUCAUCAUCAAAACCAUGAAGACCUACAUGGUGAAGUUUGCCACAGGGGAGUUUGGUCACCUGGUUCUUCUGGCCAUCUUUGACUGUGUGGACGACACCAAGCUGAUCAGACAAGCUGUUCUCUCUGAAAUCCUGUCAUCACUGAAGGAAGUCAUCAGUAACAAACACGGGAAAAAGGUGCUGCUGUACCUGCUCAGCCACAGAAACCCCGCCCACCUGCUGCCUGAAACCAUCAAGGUGUUGGAGCAAGGAGACAGGAACGUGCACAGUAAAAAAGAUCCAGAGAUACGAAGAAGGGAGCUGCUGGAAGCCCUGUCCCCUCCCAUCCUGGAAUACCUGUGUGAAAACGCAGCAGACAUGGUGAAGGACAAGGCCACCGGAGUCAUCAUCAGUGACAUCCUGGGCUCAGCCUGCGGGGACCUGCGGCCCGCCAUGACGGUAGUUGCUCAGCUAGCCAAUCAGGAGCUGGUGCCGGGAGGCGUGGCCGGAGAGCUCCACAUGGCGGAGCAUCCCGCUGGUCACCUGGUGCUGAAGUGGCUCAUCCAGCAUGACGGUGCGCUGGCCCAGUCUGGCAGAGAAGAGCGCUUUGGCAGAAUCCUGGUGGACACGGUUGGAACGGAACAGCUGAAGAGCUGGGCCAGAGUGAACCGAGGAGCCAUUGUGCUCUGCAGCCUGCUGAACAGCUGUGACCCGUCUGUGGCUGCAGAGGUGAAGGCGGCGCUGCAGUCCAUCACAUCCCAGCUGCGCAGCACCUCCAGCAACCAGGGAGUGCAGAUCCUGCUGCAGAACCUGGACAAGUAGAGGCGCUCGGCUCUGAGACUGCUGCUGGACCCUGGGAAAAGUUCAACCGACUGCCACUUUCAAACAUUGUCCUCCCAAAGUUUUUUUUCACUGUUCAAAUCACAAAGACGUGUUUUCAGAUGAAGUUUCCAAAAACUACAGAGAGCGCGGACUGAGGGGGAACUGAUGUGUGUUUCUGGACUUGGUUAAAAGCGGUCUGCAGGAACAGCGAGACCUGCUGCAGCAGGAGCAGCAAGACCUCCUGCAGCAGGAGCAGCAGCGAGACCUCCACCUGUUGUUCUGACAGUGGUUGGAGUUCGUCUCUGACCACAUUUUUUUCUGCUAUUGUAAGAUUUUGUAAUAAUAUCUGCCAAAUGAUGUUCAUGAAAAGUACAAGUGAUGAUGAUAAAUCCUCUCCCAGCGGGGGGAGCUGGAAAAAUGAUUUCCUUAUAUUGAUGUUUCUGUGAAUCUUCAACAGAGUUGAAGUUUACUUUUACAAAGGGGGCAAUGAAGGCUGUCAUUCCACAGUG